AUGGCGCAGGCCUUGUCGGCCGAGGAGUUCCAGCGGAUGCAGGCGCAGCUGCUGGAGCUGCGGACGGAGAACUACCGCCUCUCGGACGAGCUGCGGAAGAACGGCGCCGAGCUCUCGGGGCUGCGGCAGCGGGUGCAGGUGCUGGACAAGGAUCUGGCCAAAGCCAACAAGGCCCUCAGUAAGAGUAAGAAGGCGCAGGAGGUGGAGGCGCUGCUGGGGGAGACGCGGAUGCUGCAGGGGAAGCUCCAGAGCCAGGAGGAUGAUUUCCGUCUCCAGAACAGCACCCUCCUGCGUGAGCUGGCCAAGUUGUGUGCGCAGAUCGAGGGACUGGAGGAGGAGAACCAGCGGCUGCGGGAGGGGGGGCACCCAGGACCCCCCUGUGACCCCCCGGCCUCCGCAGAGCCACCCCAGGAUGGGGCUGCCAGUGACAGUGGGGCCCUCCCGGCCCCUACCGAUGCUCCCCCAGACCUCCCCAAGGAGCUGCAGCCAGCAGAGGAGGGGGCUGGGGGUGAUGCUGUCCCCAGGGAAGCCCCAGCACCCACUGCCCAGGCAGAGGUGGCUCAGCUGCAGGCAGAGGUGGCCAAGCUGACAGAGAAACUGAGAAAGAAGCAGGAGAGUUUUCUCCAGCUGCAGAUGGAGAAGGAGACACUGCUCAGGGACAGUCGGACAGAGGUGGAGGAGCUCCGGGCCCGGCAGGACGAGGAAUUUCGGGAGCUCCAGGCCCAGAACCAGCGGCUGCAGCAGGAGCUGGAGGCCAUGGCCCAGGCGGAGGUGGGGCUGCGGGAGCGGAGCGGGGCCCUGGCCCGGGAGCUGCAGGAGGCCCAGGCGCAGCGCGACACCCUCGAUGCCCAGCUCCAGGCGUGCGCGGGGGAGCGGGACGGGCUGCGGCAGCGGCUGGCGGAGGCGGAGGAUGCCCGCGGGGAGAGUGAGCGGGGCCUGCGGCAGGCGCAGGAGCAGCUGGAGCGGCAGGCGCAGGAGCACGCGGCAGCUGCCCGCGCCCACGCGGAGCAGCACCGGGCUGAGCUGGAGGGCCGCGUGGGGGAGCUGCAGGCAGCGCUGGGGGACGCCGAGCGGCAGCGGGAGCUGCAGGAGGCUGAGGGCCGGGCGCUGCGCCAGGAGCUGAAGGACGUCCGGGAUGGGCAGCGCAUCCUGGAGAAGAAGGGCAGCGCUGCGCUGAAGGACCUGAAGCGGCAGCUGCAGCUGGAGCGGCGCCGGGCCGACCGCCUGCAGGAGCGGCUGCAGGAGCUGCUGGCACCCACCCGUGCCCGCACCGGGCUAGAGGAGCUGGGGCUGGACGGGGGGUCCCCCGGGCGGGGGCCGGGGGGCGACAGCAGCAGCCUCUCCUCCCUGGGCCGUGAUGGUUCCGCCCCUGGCAGCACCAAGUCAGGCUCAGGCAGCCCCGGGGGGGGCAGCGGCAGCGGGGGGGUCCCCGGUGGGGGGGGCCUGUCCCCCGCGGAGGUGGCGGAGCUGUUCCAGCGCCUGGCCCAGAGCCAGCAGGAGCGCUGGCUGCUGGAGGAGAAGGUGCGUCACCUGGAGGUGAGCAGUGCCUCGAUGGCGGAGGACCUGUGCCGCAAAAGCGCCAUCAUCCAGAGCUUCGUGCGUGACAGCCGCCUGGAGGCAGCGGGCCCCCCCGGGCCCCCCCGGCGGGGCGCAGGGCCGGGGGAGGAGGGGCUGCGGGAGAUGAACAAGAAGCUGCAGAACAUGCUGGAGGAGCAGCUCACCAAGAACCUGCACCUGGGCCAGGACCUGGAGGCGCUGUCGCAGGAGUUGGCACGGCUCAGCAAGGAGAGGGGGGCCCCCCCCGGCCCCCCCUGAGGA